AUGAGUGAUGUUGAGAAGGGCAAGAAGGUUUUUGUUCAGAAGUGUGCCCAGUGCCAGACCCUGACAAAGGGAGGUGAGCACAAGACUGGGCCAAAUUGCCAUGGUCUAUUUGGGCGAAAGAGAGGUCAGGCACCUGAAUUUUCUUACAUGGAUGCUAACAAGAACAAAGGCAUCACCUGGGGAGAGGAGACACUGAUGGAGUAUUUGGAGAAUCCCAAGAAGUACAUCCCUGGAAUAAAAAUGAUCUUGGCUGGCAUUAAGAAGACAGGGGACAGUGCAGACUUGAUAGCUUACCUCAAAAAAGCUACUACGGAGGGGCUCCUGGCAUUUGGAGGGCGCUUGCGCCUGGCCUGGGGCACAGCCUGGCUGCUGGUCCUGGAGAAAGUGGAUCCUUUGGGCCUGGGGGUGCCGGUGAAACCGAUGGCGGCGGAGUGUCUGGAGCUGAAGGGCCAGGUGUAG